UUUCCUUUUUAAGAAUAAUAUUCCAGAGAGAGAACAAGGUAUCUCUUUAUAUAGAGAGAGAUUUGGGUGAAUCUGAUAAUUGGGAGAGAUGGGUAGGGGAAAGAUUGAGAUGGCCAAGAUCGAGAAUGUGACUAGCAGGCAAGUGACUUUCUCCAAGCGACGUGCUGGUUUGAUGAAGAAGGCUUAUGAGCUGUCCGUUCUGUGUGAGGCUGAGAUUGCUGUCAUUGUUUUCUCCAGCACUGGCAAGCUUUUUGAGUUUGCUAGUUCCAGUAUGGAUCAGACACUUGCAAGGUAUAGCAAAUGUCUGGAAACGUCUGGAAAUUCUGCUGACGUCGUGCAUGAGGUACCGAAGAAGGAAGUUCAGGAAGUUCAGGGCCUAAAAGAGGAGAGUGCAGAUCUCAAGAUGAAAAACAAGCAGAUAUUGGGAAAGGACCUUAGCGGUUUGGGCUUAAAAGAAUUGCAGCAGUUAGAACAGCUCUUGAAUGAAGGAUUAUUAUCUCUGAAGGACAAAAAGGAACAAUUACUGAAGGAGCAACUGGAAAUAUCAAGGGAAAAGGAACAGAAGGUCAGCAUGGAGAAUGCUAAUCUGCGCAGAAAGAUUGAGGAGCUUCAAAGUUAUUUUCCACAAAAUGCACUCCCUGAGUCUGGCUACCUUGAGUACCAUGACGUGCCAAGGAAAUAUUCUCCAAUUAAACAUGUACCCGCAAGUCUGGAAACAGAUUGCCAACCUGAUGCUGAAAACACAGAUAUGAUGACCGCCUUGUUCCUUGGUCCCCCUCCUGAGAACAAUCAACGAAAGAGGAAGACUCCGGAGCAAGAAACUGAAACUCCUUCUGGUACUUUUGACAGUCAGGUUGACUGAUGAUUCUUGCCUUUAGUUGUUUGCCGAAAACCAUUUUGAAAAUGGAAGUUCUAAAUACAUAGGUGAUGCUCAUUUUAUGACAAAACGUUUCU